AACCGCUCCAUACUUUCAAAUUGAAAGUUUCAAUUCCACGCUGACAAAAUUCAAUUCAAGCAAAUUACCGUCGCCGCCUUCUCGAAUUCGUUCUACCGCCGGUUACUUGUCGCCGCCGGUUACUAUUUGAUGUAGGAAAUGAGCAUCAAAUGAGAAGGCUACGUGGAGGACAAAGAUUGGUCGAAGCGGGUGAGACACGUGGCAGAAUAACAUUGGUCGGAGCUGGAGAAAGUUGUUAUGAAGACUCUUUAAAACGCAGUCUCUGGACUGGCAAAAAAAAAAAAAACGCAGUCUCUGCUUCUUUUCAUUAUUAUGCAAAAUCUGAGAUUGUAAUCUUCUUCUUCAUUUAAUUCUCUGUUGUUCCUGAGAAUUCUAUGUAAUUCUCAAGCUCUUCCUCAUCGUUUUGCUGGAUCUCUCUUUGAGACUCUUGCAGAUGAGAAGUGGUGUUGCGUUACUUGCGAACGUUGUAUCCAUUUAUCCUUCUUUGUUUAUUUGAAAUCCAUUUGAUCUUCCUCACCCGAUUUACGUUAUCACUAUUACUCGUUUAUUCGUCGUCUUUCGAUAGCUUAAUCGUUCCUGUUUACUUUCCCAGAAUUUUCUCGAAUUGAUUUUGAUGGUGUUGCUCGGAAGAACUAAGUUAUGAUGAAACUCUUUGAAUGAAACUCAAGCAUUUGUGGAAAAGAACUUUGCUACUACAGUCUUUGAAGAUUUUUAGGAAGCAACAUGAUUCUUUAAAGAUGAAUCUAUGGCUAUAAUUCAAGCUGAACUUGGAUGCCUACAAGGUGUUCGACAGAAUGCUGAUAUAGGAAGCAACCUCACGUCUGGUUACAAACUGCGCAUAAACUGAUUGUUGGAAGCAAUAUCAAGUACACACAUCCAUGUUCACAAGUGCUACAGUUUGAUGGAUGAAGAAGCAGAAACGAAAAACCAUUUGCAGGUGUUGAUGUUAUUUUCUCAGGAGAAACUUGCGCUGACGCUUGGAUUGAAAAGGAGGCAAGGAAAAGAUCUCUUGACCCCAAAGGUGGUUGCAUUGAGAGAAGAUGGAUGCCCCAAGGUUUGGGUUGUAACAUCUGAUGUCUGUCAACAACAAGCAGCGCAUGGAGCGGGAGCUUAUAUUUGGAGUAGCAAGGCACUGGUUUCUGAGAUCAAAUCAAUGCAUAAGGAGGUUGAGAGAAUGAUGCAAGAAACAAGGUCAACAUCUUUCCAAGGGAGAUUGCUGAAACACAAUCUUGAUUCUGAAGUCGUGGAUGCUCUUAAAGAUCUAAGAGACAAAUUAUCAGAAAACGAGACAAAGAGAUGACAACAAGGACCAAGUAACUUCUGUCCUAAGUAAGCUAAUGUGACUUAUAAAAAACAGAGGCUGCAGAGGAAACUAGAGAGAUAGAGAGAGAGAGCUCAAAGGCUUUGUUAAUGUUGUAUUUGUGUCUGAAUUCUUUUUGACUAAUCUAUAGAUUCGUUUUCUUUGGUCCAAACAUUUGAUUAUGAGAUGUUCCGAAUUUUAUUC